GUGUCGCGUUUGCUGAUUGGUCCAUUCCGUUCCAGCGCUUCACCAUCUACAGUCAGAGCAGAUCCAGAGAAGCGAGCACAAGCUGACAGAGAGAUUACAUCUUUAGGUUCAUACUUCACAUCAUAGUUUUACAACAAACCUCAAACUAUACAAACCUGUCAUCUCAAGUGGCUAUGGAUUGUCGAAACGAAGGAUGCACUCAGCCACAAGAUGAGGAUAUCAUGGACAUCCCCCUUGAUGACCCGGCCGCAAACAAGGCUGCUGCUAAAAUUCAAGCUGGAUUUCGAGGUCACAUGACCAGGAAGAAAAUGAAGGAUGACAAGCCUAGGGAAGAGAAACAACGAGAGCAGAAGUAGCUAAGAGGAGCACAUCGCCACCGCCCGGACAGCCCAUCACUGCAAUAACCAGAGCUCUUUUGUUCAAAAAGGACCCUUCAAUGUGUAAAACAUCAACAGCCAAACUCCAUGCAUAUGACUAGCAAACUCUUUUACACUUCUCUAUUCUUUUUUUAACAUUUGACUGGCUGUUUCUUACCUGAAAUAGUCCCACAGCAUGACAUUUUCAAUUAAAUUUAUAUUAAAGCGAUACUCUAGCCCAGUGGUUCUCAACUUCAGUCCUCGGGCCCCCCCUUCCAGAACAUUUUAGAUGUCUCCAUAUAUAAAACACCUGAUUCAGUUCAUCAGCUUGUUAAUGUGUUAAUUAAGGAAACGUUUCAAACAUUCUGGAAGAAGCCUAAUGAGUGGAAUCAGGUGUUUCAUGUAAGGAGACAUCUAAAACAUUCUGGGAGGGGGGGCCGAGGACUGAAGUUGAGGACCACUGCUCUAGCCAAAUAUCAAAGUUACCCCGUGAUUUACUCACCCUGAAGCAGUAAAGUCCAUCAUCUCUCAGACGAACACAUUUGGAGUUAUUUUAGUAAAUGUUUUUGCACUUCCAAGCUUUAUAAUGGCAGAAAAAAAUGCCCAAAGUGCAUUUAUCCAUCACAGAAGUAAUUCACAAGGCUCCAAUGGGUUAAUAAAGGCCAUAUGCAGGUAAUCAAUGCCAUUUUGUUAGAAAAAUAUCCAUAUUUUAAACUUUAUAAACUAUAAAACCUAGCUUCCGGUAUCACCGCCAUCUUGGAUUCACGCAAUUCACGAGAACGUUUUUGCGUAGUGAGCAUUGGUUGCAAUGGAUACGUUGCAUAGUGACUCUCAUGAAUCGCGUAAGUCCGAGAUGGCGUCAUUAUCGGAAGAUAGGUAUUAUCGUUUAUAAGGUUUAAAAUAUGGAUAUUUUCCUACAAAAUCACAUUACAAAACUAUACUUUUUUUUGCUGCAUUACAUUUUUUUGUUGAAUCAACUCAGAUUUACAAGUUAUUUCAACUUUAGAAAUGAAUUGUUAUUAGUACAGAUAAGUUGUUGUAACUUAUAAAAUAUAGUUGGUAAGAAAGUCAACUUCAUUUUUGAAGUUGUAGCAACUCAUCUCUAGUCAAGAUAAAUAAUAGUAAGUUGACAUGACUUGUAAAUCUGAGUUGAUUCAACAAAAACAUUUAAGGCAGCAAAGAUUUUUUUAUAAUGUGUGGAUUACUUUUGUGAAGGAUUAACGCAAUUUUGGGGACUUCAAAGUCAUAAGUUGUUCCCUGAUUCCUCUCUUCUACCAUUAUAAGUUUGGAAGAGCAAGGACAUUUAUCCCCAAAAAAUUUGUUUGUCUGAAAGAUGAUGGACUUAUGUACACUGUUGAAAACAACAACUUUGUUUUGCAAGUCCAUUCAACCUACUAUUUUAAGUUUUGGCUUGUAAACUUAUAAAAUCAAGUUGAAAUUGUUUAACUUAAUUUUUAAGUUAAAGUAACAUAAAAAUAUAUGUUAAAGGUAUUGCAGAGGAUUUUGUUUUUCCGGGUGGAUCAUCAAGACUAUUGGUCCGCCUAGUUGUCAAUCAGGAGUGUUGCGCAAUUGCAUUUUUUUAAAAAGUGGAGGAGGCGGUUCUUUUCUAAAAUUCUAGAAAAUCCUCCGCUACACCUUUAAUUUGACAAAAAUGAUGUGUAUUUUCUUACAGUGUAUCUCGAUUUGCUUGAUGGUGAGUAAAUCAUGGGGUAAUUUUGAUAUUUGGUAUCGCUUUAACCUAGACAUGUGUUUGUAAUUUGUCAGCUUUCAAGUGUUGUGCUUGUUUCCUUAAACAAGGCAAGCCAAAUACUCUGUCAGAAGGUUUGUUUCUUCGUUUUGCUCUUUUUGGCUGUACUGAAUCUUUCAAUAUACAAGUAUGCAUUUACUAAAGGUCAGUGUUUUUUUCUAGCAUAAAUUUUGUUUAUGCCUGUUUAAUAAAGCUAAUUAAGUUCAAAAUA